AUGUCAUUGAUCCGUUCAGCAAGCGGCCCAGCAGGUGGUUUAAGCAUCAACACUGGUGCUGCUAACGCCUUCGGAACCGCCGCUUCUAAGCCCUCCGCUGCUGGUAGUCUCUUCGGUUCUUCUACCACCUCUACGCCCACCGCCAACACAACAACAGCGCCAGGCGCAACUGGAACCAUGUCUCUCUUUGGCAACGCUGCGCAAAAGCCUGCAACAGGCGGUCUAUUUGGACAGUCGACGACAGCGACCACAACUACGCCCGCAGCUGGCGGUGGUCUCUUUGGCGCUGCCGGCGCAACAAACACUCAACAGACGCAGGGCACAGGCACUGGGCUCUUUGGCAACACUGCCACCAACAACACCCAACAACAAGGAACCACUGCGCAACCUACAACAACUGGCACCAGCCUCUUCGGCCAAUCUGCCCAAAAUCAAACUCAGCAGCCUCAACAAACAGGCACAGGUCUGUUCGGCCAAUCCACAGCAACAAAUACACAAAGCAACACAGGAGGGCUUUUCGGCCAAUCUCAGGCGAAGCCCGCUACAGGUACCAGUCUGUUUGGCCAAACACAGCCUCAGCAGAACAACACACUAGGCCAAUCCACAAACCAAGUCUCAGCCGUUCAAAUCAACUACGACAGCAUCCGUCCCCGUACCCGCUUCGAUGACCUCGCUAAGCCCGUACAAGACGAAAUUGCGUUGCUGGACUUGGGUAUACAACGAGUUAUCAAGAUGCGAGACGAGAUUGGCGAGUUCAUGCCCCAACACGAGAAGGAUAUUGAGCAACUGGGCUUAGACGUAAAGUUUGUCGAGUCAAAGUUCCGAACUGUUCAAGUUGCCCUUAACAACGAUAUUCAGACCGUCAAGGCUCUCCAGGACCAGACCCGAAAGAACGCCGCUGAUGCCCGACUAUGCUUCCGAGGCGCCGAUAACCUCAAACUCCCAACACACUAUCACCAAACAGGUCUUUUCGCCAGCCAGGCUCCAGCUGCUGAUUCCGGGGGUGCAGAUGCUGCUUCGACACAUGCGGAUGCCCAAGAUCUGAUCACCUACUUCAACCGUAUUUGUGACGAUAUUGAAAAGUACAAGGCUCGUCUCGAUGAAUAUCGCGGCGAUAUUGAGCGAGAUAUGCCUGGUGUCGAGAACGGCCUUUAUGAGCAGAUCCGAGCUCUACGGGACCGUAGCGCAGGCAGCUUAGUGGUCCAGGAUCAACUGAACGAGGUUUUAUUGGCACUCAGGGAUACGGGAAGCGCGAUUGUUGCCCAGGCCGGACAGAUUGCCGACACUCGAGAACGGCUAUCGCGCCUCCAGGCUGGGAUUGUGGACAGUGGAGUGUACGCCAUGGGCAUGAAUGCGUAG